CCGUCCCCGCGUCCACUCGCACGCAGCCGCUGCCCGCGCCGCCCACGCCGCCCACGGUCCCGCAGCUCGACACGCAGGAGUGGCGAAGAUGGCGGAGAGCAGCCCCGCUAGCGAGAUCUCGGCGUUCUACGACGGCCGGUCGGUGCUGGUGACGGGCGGCACCGGCUUCAUGGGCAAGGUGCUGCUCGAGAAGCUGCUGUACGCCUGCGACCACCUGCGCUCCGUCUUUGUGCUGGUGCGGCCCAAGCGCGGACGGUCGCCAAAGGAGCGCCGGGACGACAUUGUCCAGCUGCCGGUGUUCCAGCGCGUGCGCAGCGAGUGCCCGGAGCGGCUGGAGAAGCUGGUGUUCCUGCACGGCGACGUCCAGGAGGAGGACCUCGGCCUGAGCCAGCAGGACCUGGCCGUGGUGCGGCGCGAGGUCAGCGUCGUCUUCCACUGCGCCGCCACGCUCAGACUGGAGGCCAAGCUCAAGGACUCCAUACGGAUGAACCUGCUCGGCACCUGGAACGUCCUGCAGCUUUGCAAGACACUCAAAAAACUAGAGGUGCUGGUGCACCUGUCAACGGCUUUCUGCUACUGCGACCUCGAGGAACUGGGCGAGAAGAUGUAUCCUUGCCCGCACGACCCUCGAGACAUACUCCGCGCCGCUCGUUGGAUGGACGACUCAAUGCUGGAUACGAUUACGGCCCAGCUCAUCCACCCGCACCCCAACACGUACACGUUCACCAAGCGGCUGGCCGAGGUGCUGGUGGAGCAGCACCUGCAGGAGCUGCCCGUGGUCAUCGCGAGGCCCUCCAUUGUGACGCCGUCGUGGAAGGAGCCGGUGGCGGGCUGGGUGGACAGCCUGAACGGGCCGGUGGGGCUGCUGGCGGCGGCGGGCAAGGGCGUGCUGCGCAGCAUGUACUGCCGCGGCGAGCUGCACGCCGAGGUGAUGAGCGUCGACUUCGCCAUCAACGGGCUCGUCACGCUGGCGGCGCGCGAGGCCACGCGCCGGGCCAAAGAGGGCAGCCCGAGCGAGGUGCCCGUGUACAACAUCACGUCGUCGAGCGUGAAGCGCAUGACGUGGAAGGAGGUGCUGGACUACGGCCGGCAGAUCGUGUACGAGUACCCCUUCGAGUGGACCGUCUGGUACCCGGACGGCAACAUCCGCAGCUCCAAGCUCGUGCACAAGAUAUGCGUCAUCUUCCAGCACUACCUGCCGGCCUACUUCCUCGAUUUUCUCUUCCUGAUCUUCGGCCAAAAAAGAUUCAUGGUGCGGCUGCAGCGGCGCAUCUCGGACGGGCUGGAGCUGCUGCAGUACUUCACGACGCGCGAGUGGAACUUCCGCAACGAGCGCUUCCUGGCGCUCUACACCGGCCUCAACGCCGAGGACAAGCGCCGCUUCGACAUGGACAUGGUGCCCAUCGAGCCGUACGAGUACCUGGUGACGGCGUCCCUGGGCGCGCGCUUCUACUGCUUCCACGAGGACCCCGCCUCCCUGCCGCGCUGCCGACGCAACAUCCGCAUCCUGUACGUCCUGGACCGCACGGCGAAGGCGCUGUUUGUGAUGCUGCUGCUGUGGCUGCUCGUGGGCUACUCCGAGACUGCGCGCUCAGCCCUGGACACUGUGGCGGAGGCCCUGCGCUCCCUGCCUCUGCUGGGCAGCGUCCUCACCAGGGAGUCCACCCUGCAGCCGAUCUGAGGACGGAGGGAGGGGGGGCGGGGAGAGGCACA